AUGCCCUUGCUGUUUCAAACCGUAUGUGCUUUGUGGCAGCACUUGGUCACCGAGCCAGACGAAGAGGGCCGCUGGGGAGCCGCUAAAGGCUGGUUUGAACGGCAUGCAACCGAUCUCAUGUCUAACCACUCGGGCAUGCUGGCUCUCUUGUCGUGCCUGUUCCCAGACCGGCGACCGGAUCGGGUGUACGGCUUGCGUGAGAAGCGACUGACUGAAAUUGCGAUCCGAGCCUGGGGACUUGGUGCUGGUCGCGCUAAUAAACUGCGAAACUUACAGCCCAGACAUGCCGAGCCUGACUUUGCCACCGCGGUGCGAAUCAUGGUAGAAGAGGGAGGCGAGAUAAUGCACUCAUGCGGUCCGCUAACGGUAGAGGAGGUGAACGAGACACUUGAUCACCUGGCGUCCACUUGCUCCUUCUCUUCGCUGGAGAUCCGUCUCUUGAAGGCUGGGGAGAAUCUUGACGCAUCCUCGAACCUCAUCAAUACCCUUCGACGCAUGUGUGGUCUAGAAGCAGAGUGGAUGUUCCGGUUGAUCCUGGGAGAUCUGGGCCGUGCACAAAUUCCGGAAGAACCGACAAUAAAGCUCGUCCAUCCGGAGGUUUGGAGGGCUCUUCGCAUCCAUGACUCGUUCGGCAGUGUUUUGAAGCUCCUUGACGCUCCCAAUUCAAAUGAUGGAUCGAGAAAUUCGACUUACCGGCACUCGAAUGCGGCCCGACCCCAGGCAGGUGUCUUAAUCCGCGCGACUGAGGUCACCAUCUUUUCAAAGAGCGGCCGUGACUCAACGGUCGACCGCGGAGCACUGAUUCCCACCGUCAUUAGAUCUCUUGGCAUUGGGUUCCCGAGCUGCAAGGUGAAGCAAAGCUGUGUACUAGUCGGCGAACUGUUGGUGUGGAAUGAUGCUCAACAAGACAUCGUGCCCUUCUACAAGAUCCGUCGCUACGUCAGGAGGGCAGGGCGUCGGCUGGGCUGUGCCCGUGAUUCACCGCCUCUCCCCGAAGAGCACUUGAUGGUUGUCUUCUUUGAUAUUCUCCUGUUGGACGACACCGAUUGCGUAUUCGAGUCAUAUGAGCACCGUCGACAGCGGCUGAGAGAUCUGCUACGUCCCAUUCCGGGACAUGCGGUGUUGGGAGAGCAAGUGAUAAUUGAUUUUCGCAAGAGUGACGCCACAGUUGUUCUCACCCAGCGACUGGCAUACGCCAUCUCGCGUCACUGGGAGGGACUGGUGCUGAAGCGUUGUGGCGACCCCUAUGUGUCACUUAACGAACAUCAGCAUUGCCAGGUGAAACUGAAGAAGGACUUUAUCCCUGGCUUGGGAGACUCUGCUGACUUGGUUGCGGUGGGUGGGGCGCAUUGCGGCACGAAUGUGACUCGAUACGAGUGGUGGACAAAGUUUUACCUUGCAUGUGUCGACAUGAGGCAGGUGGACAACACUCAACGGCCAUCUCCCAUCUUUCGGAUCGUCGCGACAGUGUCUCAACCUGCCGUCUCCGCUGACGACAUGCGCUUCCUCAACCGAUAUGGAAAGGCACACUACAUUGGGCCCGUCGAUGAGGCUGUCUCUCCCGAGAUCCAGACGGAGCUUACAGACCAACCACCUCCAGCAGCGAUCCUUAUGCGUCCUCUCGUAGUGGAAGUGGUUGGUGCCGGGUUUGAUCGACUGCCAAACUCUCGAUUCGAGAGCCUCCGAUUCCCGCGUAUCGUGAAGAUACAUCAGGAUCGAAGCUUUCAUGAUGCAAUGACGACCGAACAAUAUUGCCAGAUGGCAAAGAGAAGUCGAGACUAUGGCGCAGGCAUAACAGCGGACAGCUACCAACAUUGGCUGGGGAAGCUAAGUGCGCCCAAGCUUCUAAAACCCGCCACUGCUGCCUCCACACCGAUUUCUAGUAGUGCCAGUCAGUCACGAAAGCAUGCAGGAGGCAGUGAGGAUGAGGGUGGUAGCCCUGAGAAGAAAGUAUGUAUGAAACCUGGGCCGCAGCGGAAUGCCAAGAGGGAAUACGUGUGA